CCAAACGCAGCCUCACUGUGCAAAGAGAGCUAAAGCCCUACGUAACAACUGGCACUGAUUGAUUUUUUUUUAUAUCGGUGACUUCUUUCUUCCUCCUUUGUUCAUCAAUAAAAAAUGGCGGCUUCAUCACUCUCUUUCUCUCCCAAGACCAUCACUUCCUCACCCAGACCCAAAACCAAUCCGUUUAUCAAUCAUUUCUCGCAUUCACUUCAAUUUCCCAUCGCUUCCUCCACCUCACGCGCCAUCUUCACCAGCCCAACCACCUCCAUAGUUCCACGGGCCUCUUCCGUAAUUUCACGCGCAACUAACGAUGCUGCCAGCACAAACACAAACACAUUUCACGGCCUCUGCUACGUGGUGGGCGACAACAUCGACACUGACCAAAUCAUCCCCGCCGAGUACCUCACAUUAGUCCCGUCCAAGCCCGAGGAAUACGAAAAACUCGGCACCUACGCUUUAAUCGGUCUCCCUUCGACCUACACCACACGCUUCAUUGACGAAAAUGAAACCAAAACAAAAUACAAAAUCGUAAUCGGGGGCGAUAACUUCGGGUGCGGGUCGUCUCGUGAGCACGCGCCGGUGGCAUUGGGAGCGGCUGGAGUUGCGGCGGUUGUUGCGGAGAGCUACGCGAGGAUAUUUUUCAGGAACUCGGUUGCUACGGGGGAAAUUUAUCCGUUGGAAUCGGAGGGAAGGCUUUGUGAAGAGUGUAGGACGGGUGAUGUGGUGACAAUUGAGAUGGCUGAGAGCCGUCUGAUCAAUCACACUACUGGGAAGGAGUAUAAAUUGAAGCCAAUUGGUGAUGCAGGGCCUGUGAUCGAUGCUGGAGGAAUUUUUGCGUACGCGCGAAAGACCGGAAUGAUUCCCAGCCAAAAUUAAGGGUACUUCUGCUUGCAGUAUGGUAUGCAGGUUUCAUAGACUAGUGAUAUGGUAGAUACCAACUCUGUUUUCAGAUGCUUGGCAUUUAAACCUUUAGAAGAAAUAAUUACCCUUAAAUAGGUGCUGAAAUGCUUACUUGUCUUCUCUUGUAAGUUGUAUCAUGACUUGUCUCAGUGAUGUUAGGAUCUAGAAUCUUCUUGGUAUUUAGUUGAUUCUCGAUGUUGAGUUAUUUUGCUUAUGUAAGUGAUUGUCGAAACUGAUGCUGUUGAUCUUUCAGUAAUUUAUAGGUGUUGAAGUUAUGCUUGUGCCGAA